AUGCACCGAGGCGUGAGGCGUCCAGCGCUUGACUACAUCCUAAAGGCACACAAGGGUGUGGAUCUCACCGACUGUCAUGAACUGCAUGGAGAUACUGGGAGUCUCCCCGCUCCCACGGCCGGGGAAGUGGAUGGUUGCUCGACGACUACAGAAACUGCAACAUACGCCGGCGGCGGGCAACGUUUUCCAAACACUCGGUUGAAUCCAACCCCCGCCGUCGCCGAUGAAGCUGCGCGGCAGCCGCCCACUAUGCGCACUCCGACCACUACUAGGAAGAGCGAAAAUAGCAACAAGGCGCCACCGACGGUAACUAAGCUACCAACGGAGACUGAGGUAUCGGUGGCCAUGGGGGUGAGAAGCAUCGACCGGCAGCCGACCACACGUGCGGAAGGAGGAGAUGCAAUCGCCAGCAACUCGCCUAGUACCCACCAACCGCUGCAGCCACGACAGCAACACCAACAUCAGCAGCACAACGAACCACAACAGGCCACUCUUAAACCAAACGCUGCAGAAGGCGAUGGCACCAGCAACAGUGGCAGACCACCCGGUGCAGCGUUAGCUGCAACGGCCACGAACGGCUACGUAUCGUUUUCCGAGUCUGAGGAAUCCGCAAACCUUUCCAUUCCUGCUUUCACCACGCUUCCCGAACAGCAACGCUCCUCGCGAAGCAACACUUCCCUUGAACACGACAGUCGGGGCGUUGUUGCCGAUGGGCAAGUAGAGCGGCGGCCAUCGGAUCAACAAGCCAAUGUUCUUUCCAGCGGUGACGGUGGUAACAACAGCAGUGACGACAAAUGGGACUUUGGUGAGGACAGCGAGGAUGAACCAGAGGCUGAUGGUAUGGAGGUGGCUGCAGGCGGCGGGAGGGAUGGAAGCCGAUAUGGUGGCCGCAAUGCACACCACGAGCCGCAGCAACACCACCACCCAGCGGCUACACCCGUGUCGGCCGUUAUCGGCGAUAGUGGCGGCAGAAACGAAAGUAACGCGGAGGAUAAACCACAGGUCCAAGUGGUUGUCGACAGACUAGGUCGGCGGCAGAACGUCCCCGCGCGAGAUCUGUCCUCUUCAUCGUCUAGAGGUGAGUUUGACGGCUGGGGUGACGACGACAAUGACGAAGAUGAAGACGACGAAGGUGACGACGACACCGACGAGGACGAUGACGGCAACGUCCCCACCUCCGUGCGAAAUCCUACGUUGCUUGAAGACGGGUCUCUGGACGGUGAGGUUGGGGAACUGGGCGAUUCGCGGAAACCUUCCGAAAGAUCGGUGGGCGACGGCAGUAAGCCAGCAGCGUCCGCAGCCAAACCGAGGGUGGAGGCAAACCCCUCAGCGAGUAAGCUCGGGCUCGGCGCUAGCGUGCCUCGCGUCGCCGUGCCUCCGGCGAUGACAGCAUCAGCGGCGCAUAUUCCGCUGCAGCAGGGUCCCGGGCGGGGGCAAGCGCCUGGGCGGGGGCAGGGGCGGGGCCCCCAUCGAGGACGAGGGUACAAGACCAUUGCCCCCGGGAGGGGGGGGCGACCGCGGUACUCGCCGUUGACGCAGGCAAGCCAUCACCGACAACUAUAUUCGGAGUUGCCUGACGAAAAACGCACACCACGUGCGAUGGCAGGAACUGUCACCAAUAAUCAUGCCAGGCCAGGGCCAUCGGCACCCAACGGCGGGAGGGUAGGACCGGGAGCCGGCAGCACGCCUACCGGAGCCAGAAACCCCGACAAUGGCGCGGGAGCACCACCGGGCCCCAGCGCCGUUGCUACGACCCAAGUAGCCACCACCGCACCCACCACCGCCGCUCCGUCUUCGCCUAUGAUCCCUCGCGGGGUACGUCGUGGUUUGUCAGGAGGAGGGGCAGGGGGAGGCCGAGGAAGAGGAGGGGGCUUUGUCGGGUCAUCUUCCGCGGUUGCUGGUGGUGAAAGGAGAGACCACCGCACAUCGGCGGCCGCGGCGGGGUACUCAGGAGCUAGACCGGUGACGGCGGCGGCGGCGGUGGCCGCUUCGGCCUCUACGACGACGGCGUCCGAAGGCACCAUCGGGAAGGCCGCCGGGGGAUCAGCGAGGCCGGCAAGCGGCAGCCCUGGCGCCUCUGCGGCCGGUGCAAACAGGUCGACUCGUAGCGGAGCAGCAUCGAGAUCCGGAGAGAUGGCCGCGUCGACACCGGCGACGGCGAUGGCCGGGGCUGGGGCGGCGGCUUCCACGGCGUUGCAGAACGAGAAGGAGGCGGUGAAGGACACGGCCAGCAUCACCCGCAAGAAGGCGCAGCUCCCGCAGCAGGAGAAGCUGGAGCACCCCACGCCCGUGGGGGGCAGCUGGCUCAAGAACCGAUACAUCGUCAACAACUACAUCCUUCUGGAGCCUCUGGGCACGGGCAGCUACGCCGAGGUGCGACUAGCGAAAGAAAAGACCUCCAACACGCUGUACGCCGUGAAGAUCAUGAACAAGGAUUUCCUCAAGAAGAGACAGGUGGGCAAGGAAGAAACCUUCAUGGACAGCAUCAAGAGGGAGAUCGCCAUCAUGAAGAAGGUCCACCACCCCAACGUCUUGCGGCUAUAUGAGGUCAUGGACGACCCUAAGGUGAACAAACUAUAUCUGGUGCUCGAGUACUGCAAGAAGGGGGACCUGAUGAACAUCCUGAACGGCGACACGAGGACGAUUACAUGCGACCCCAUGAACGAUACCGACGUGUGGUACAUCAUGCGACAGAUUGUACAAGGGCUGAGCUUUCUCCACCUGCAGAACAUCGUGCAUGGAGACAUCAAGCCCCAGAACCUACUGGUUGGGUCGAACAACGUCGCCAAGAUCGCCGAUUUUGGCAUCAGCAAGUUCGUGCAGGGAUCCAACCAGCGGUUACAGGAGCAGGCCGGGACGCCGACGUUCAUGUCCCCCGAGCUUUGCUACGGGGAGGGAUACUCGGGCCAACUGGCCGACGUGUGGGCGCUGGGGGCGACCAUGUACAUGAUCCGCUGCGGGAAGCCACCCUUCAUGGCCAACCAGGUGAUGGUGCUCUACGACAAGAUCCAGAAUGACCCGCUGGACUUUCCUCCAGAGGUGAACAUGUCGCCCGGUCUUCGGAGGCUGCUGAGGGCCAUGAUGGAGAAAGAUCCGGCGAAACGGAUCAUCCUUGACCAGGUGCUUGCAGAUCGCUGGCUCCAGCAGGGAGACUACGGCCCCGCUCGCACCACCACGGCGGGCGGCGUCCGCACCAAGGUCACCACCGCCCCCGCCGCCGGCGCCGUCAGUUCGUCCUCUCAGGGCAUGCCUUCUACUGCUUCUCCGAACAUCCCGGGAGGCGGCGAUACCGGCGGAACCACAGCCGGCAUCCCUCGGAACAGAAACAAUAUCAUCAGCAGCGGCAGCUCCGCGAGCGUAGGCGGCGGUGGGGUUGGCCUCGGCUUGCGACCCCCGCCCUCCCUGUCCUUCCUGCCCCUAACCGAGCAGGGCUAUCGGGCAAUCAAGGUUAGCGACGACGAGGUACACACGAGCAUCAACCAGGGCAUCACCACGGGCGGGAAUUCUGGGCCUGGGUCUGCUGCCGGAGGCGGCUCGUCACCCGUCAAGCAGCAGAGGGGACACCUCAGCGAGACCGAAGAGUCCUGGAAGUUCCGCUCGUUCAAGAAGAAAAUAGAAGAAAACGCCUCCGAUCCCAAGUUUCGGGGAGCGGCCAUAGCUUCGCCCGCUGGCGAGGCUCGACCGCGGCAGGCCCCUGCUGCUCCGAACGGCUCAGCCGGAAGGCCGCCAACUCCAACCACAGAAAAACCCUACCUCUCCUCGACGACGAACACCCCCAAAGCAGCCGCAGCAACGGGUGCGGCACCGUCGCCGCCCUCGUCCCUGCCCCCGCGGUCGGCGGCGGCUCAGCAGUACCAUCCACACAAGCAACAGCAACACGAGCGCGGCCACGAAGUAACGACGCCGGCGCCCUCCGGGCACUCGUUUUUCGACGACACCGACGAAGACGACGACAGUGACGACUUCUCGUCGGAAGACAACCCGGACACCCUCUACGAUGGCAGCGGCUCCGUCUCCACGGCAUCCCCCCGGUCGGCUACGGCCAUGUCCCCGUCGUCCGGUUCGCGGCCGACGAGCUCGCCGGUGGAAGCCGGGCGUGGAGACUCGAGGCCGUCGGUCGGACAGUGCAGGGGAGGCGGCAGCAGCGCGCGGGGUCACGGCAGGGGUGGGGCGGUGGGGAUGCGGGGCGGUGGUCCGAUUCUUCAGCAUCAGGCUGGCGGUAGGCGUCCUAGCGCGAAGAGGCGGAGCAGCGAGAAGUUCGACGCAGUGAUGGACACGCUCGCGGCACAGCCGCCGUACAGAGGGGGCCUCGGCGGUGGCGCCGCAUCAAGACGCACAGGGACGGGCGGCACCGGCGACGACCGGUCACGCACUCCUUCCGGCAGCGUCCGCCCUUUGAGGGACUUGAGCCUGCGCGACGUGAAGGUGCGGUCUUCUGCCAGGGGGGCCGCCGCGGCUGGUUCGCUGCCGCCGUCCCAGGCGCCGGGGGAGAGCCGCUGCAAUCCGCGACUUGGCCUAGUGGCGGCGGUCUCGCAGCGGCAGGGGAAGCGGGCGAGCCAGGAGGACAGGGUCACGGUGGCGCCGGACCUCGCGACGGCCGUCGCCGGGAAGGUGAACAGACCAACACCGCUCGCGGCCGUCAAGAGAAUUGCACCGGUGGACAGGGAGUACCUGUAUCAACACUUCGGUCUUUUCGGAGUUUUCGAUGGCCACAACGGACAGAUGUCCUCGGAAGCGCUCCGCGCCGGCCUGCACGUUGCCGUGGCCAAGCAAACAACCUUUCACCAGGCCCCCGACAAGGCCGUGGUGCAGGCCUUCAACUGCUUCGACAAAGACCUCUGCGCGCGCCAAGAACAGGAAGACGACACGAGCGGGGCGACGGCCCUGGUAGUCGUGUUCGACGGACGUUCUCGCUCUAUUCUGGUAGCGAACGUCGGGGACUCGCGGUGCGUUGCCAGCUGCGGGGGCGGGGUGGCGACUCGGCUCUCGAGCGACCAUCGCCUGAGCCGCCCGGACGAGAGGGCGCGAGUAGUGGCCAGCGGAGGAUUCGUCACGAACGACCGCAUCAACGGGGUGCUGGCCGUUUCGAGGUCGUUUGGCGACGUGCAACACAAGGAAGGGAAAUCGCCAGGGUUGACCGCGACUCCCGAGCUGAGAUCAGAACGCGUGGUUUCCUCCACCUUGCCAUCCGGUGGCGGUUGUGGUGGGGGAGGCGGGUCGAUGGAGUUCGUGAUACUCGCCACGGACGGUCUGUGGGAUGUCGUCGAAGAUCAGGAGGCGGUAAACUUUGUUCGGUUGUACCUUUCCGAGAAAAACGGAGAUCUGUCCGGAGCCGCGAGGGAGCUGACCAAGCUGGCGCUAGACCAAGGGUCUGUGGACAACGUCAGCGCGGUGCUGGUGUGGUUCAACGAGAACGGGGCCGAAGGGGAACCACGAGAGCAGCAGGAAGAAAAGCACCAGCACCAGCCACAGCGGCAGCGAAGUCAUCAUCAUCAGCAGCGGUCACAUCAACGGCAGCAUUCGAAACCGCACACGGCGCCAGACUGACAGCCCAGUCGGUUGAGAUCGAGUUAGCGUAGCAACUUGUUUCGCGGCGAUUUGUACUUCGAAGUACAAUAUUUCGCAAUGUUCG